AUGUCUACACUAACAACAUCACCAUUAAAUAACAAUAUAAUACCACAACAACCUCCUGGAUCUAUUGCAACACCAGUAUCAUCAUUACAUUCACCAAAUCCAAGUAAUAUUAUUCUAUCACAUAAUAAACAACAACAAUUAUUACAACAACAACCAUCUCAACCAUUAGCAGAAAGAACUAAAAAAGAAGUUGAUGAUUCAUUAAGAUUAAUUGAGGAUUUAAAAUUUUUUUUAGCAACAGCUCCAGCAAAUUGGCAAGAAAAUCAAGUUAUAAGAAGAUAUUAUUUAAAUCAUGAUGAAGGAUUUGUUAGUUGUGUAUUUUGGAAUAAUUUAUAUUUUGUUACUGGUACUGAUAUUGUUAGAUGUAUUGUUUAUAAAUUUGAACAUUUUGGUAGAAAAAUUUUAGAUAGAAAAAAAUUUGAAGAAGGUAUAUUUUCAGAUUUAAGAAAUUUAAAAUGUAAUAUUGAUGCAAUUUUAGAACCUCCAAGAUCAGAAUUUUUAGAAUUUUUAUUUAAAAAUUCUUGUUUAAGAACUCAAAAGAAACAAAAAGUAUUUUUUUGGUUUAAUGUUCCUCAUGAUAAAUUAAUGGCUGAUGCUUUAGAAAGAGAUUUGAAAAAGGAAAAAGCUGGUCAAAAACCAACAACUAUUGCUCAUAGAGAACCUGCUUUAAGUUUUAAUUUUGAUGAAAGUUCGAAUUUAUAUAAUCAAUUAGUUAAACAUAUGGAUACUACUAAGAAUUUAUUGGAAAUGGAUGAAAGUGAUGAAGAAAAUAAUAUUCAAAAUUUUGUUAGAGUUAAAGAAGAAGUUCCACCUCCAAUUACUGGUUUUGGGAAUCAACUUAGUCAACUUAAGGCCACUAAAAAUACUAAUGAUGGUGAAAAUAAUUUGAAUACUCAAUCAACAAAAUUAGAUGGUAAAAAAAUUAGUAAAAGUUUACUUGAUGAUGAAGAAUUAUCAGAUGAUGAAGAAGAUACAACAAAUGAUAGUACCACCAAUAAUAUUAAUGAAACUAAUAAUAAUAAUAAUACCAAUAGUUCAGAUUAUGAAGAUGAUUUCCCAUUAGAUUAUUUUGAACCACAACAUAAUUCAGACGAUUAUAUUACAUUAGAUUCAAAUAAUUAUCAAGAUGGUGAAUAUCCACAUGUUAUUGGUCCAAAUUAUGAUCAAUUAUUUGAAAAUCAAAUAUUUUCUCAACCUAUUACAAGUCAAGUUGCUUCAAAUACAGAAUAUUUAAUUGAACAAACUCAACCUUUAAAAACUCCUUUACCUCCAAUUUCAUCAAUACCUCCACCAAAAUCUUCAGCAACAACUAAAUUUUUUCAAAGUAAUGCAGAAUAUUAUAAUCAAUUACAACAACAACAUACAAAUCAACCUUUACCUCCAUUAUCUGCAAAAUUACAAACUUCUUUUAAUAAAAGUAAUAAUCAAAAUUCUUUACCACCUCCACCAAUUCAUUUACCUUCACAAAAUCAAAUGUAUCCUGAAAAUUCUCAACAACAAAAUUAUUAUCAACAACCUCCACCUCCACAUCCAAAUUAUUCACCAAAUGAUAAUGUUCAAUACUACAAGCAACAACCACAGCAACAGCAACAUGCACCACCACAACCUCAACCACCUUAUUAUGAUGCAAAUAGUCAGCCACCAUAUUAUCCAAAUCAGCAAUAUCCCCAACAACAAGCACAACCAAAACAACAACAACAACCAAUUAAUCAAAAUGGCGAUAAACCAACAAGACAGAAUUCAACAACAAACCCUCCAAUGUUAGCAUCAUUUCAACAAUCGCCACCACCACCAUCAAAUCAACCAUUACCAAAUAAAUCAGCACUACCAAAACCAAAUAGACCAAAAAUGCCAUUAGCUGCUCAACAUCCAGCAAUGACAAAACAACAAGCAGUUAGUACAAAGAUGCAACUUAAGAAGAAACAAAUGGCUGCUGCUGCUGCUGCUGCUCAACAAAAAUCAAGAGGUAGAGGUAGACCACCAAAUGUUGUUAAAAAAUCAAAUAACGAUAAAGAUCAAGAUCAUAAAGAUAAAGAUAAAAAACAUAGAGUUUCAAUUCAAGAUGUUAUUGGUUCAAAAGCAACUAAAGUUGUUGAUAAGAAAUAA